AUAGGAAAAACUUUCACGCGAGAUACAGGGUGUUUAAUAAAUCUAGUGACGUCAGUAUUCACGUCUGACGAUUCUCAAUUCGCAUCCGCUUGAUACUGUGCAAAUGAAAGAAGUAACAAUGCUAAUCCAUUGAAUUGUGUUUCCUUACGAAACGACACACGAGAGCUCGUGCGGUAUUGGAUCAACGUAAUCGAUUUAACCUUUUCGAUCGGAUCGGACCUUUGUUUUUCAUCAGGAAACACGUACGAACCGCGUUCCAACGCGCUUGAAAGAAUCUAAUUAUUUAAUUAUAUACUCUGUACUGAUCGGGCAUAUCCACAUUGUACAUAUCCGUGGUUCUUCGAUAGCUGUUACAUUAAAUAUGUGCGCGUAAUAUCUAAACGAAUAAAUAAGUGGAUAAAUUAUUUGCAUUCGUGCGUAUAUGUGUCCUAGUGCGCGGGAAUAUGCCCACGUAUGGCUACCGAGCGUUAGAGGCGUCGUGUGGGAGUGGUUAAGUGUCAGUAACGACAUCGACAGUCGAAGUGUUCAUUUAAUAUUCACAAUUAUUCAGUUGUAUUUCUGUGUACUGUGGAUUCUUCUAAAUAUACUACGGAUUUAUGCAAAUAUUUAUUUUCCACAGGCUAGUUUGCAAAAACUAGGAUCGAAGCGAGAUGCCCUUUUCUAAAUAAAGAAAACAAGUAAAACCCCCAUCGAAAUGUCUUAAAUAUUUCACAGUUGACAAUACUGAGUUCUAGGACAGAUAUUGGAUUUUAGGUUCUGCAGCUCGAAGGAAUUCAGAAUACCGUUAUAAUCAGUACAAUUGUUUUAUAACAUUAGUUAACUAAUGAGAUAAGUUAAAUUAUAUUUAAUGAGAUCAUUAAUUAUGAGACUCAUUGUGGUGCGACCUGUCUAAACGCAAAGGGUAGGGCUGCGAUUACAAGUCGGACGCGAAAUGAUUAGUUGAUAGGCCCAAACCCUUUUUCCUCAUCUUUUCACCCGAGUUGCGCAGUUAGAACGACCUCUAAUUCUCGGUAGACCUAUACAAUGUGUAUCAUGCAAACCUAGAACGUUGGCUAGUGGAACAGCUCCUGUGUAAUUGGUUUGAUUCUUGACAUCUCCGAAAUCUUCGUCACGCAGUACUCCAAUCACCUCUAAAAGUAAGUUUCUUUCUUUCUCCAUUUAUUUAUUUACUGUACAUUAAAAUACAUUAUAAGAGUAACAAAAAAAUAAUUAAACAUUGUCGUGUGUAAAGGCAAAAAUUCGAAAUUGUUUAUAAUAAUAGACAGCAAUAUAUUAAAAAUCAUUUUCAUUGAAAUUUUAUUUAAUACACCAAGUUAAUACGUCUGUUUUAAUAAUAAGUGUGUCAUUUAUUUAUAACGUACAUCACGAAAGUGUUGCCUGCAGUAAGGAGAUUAUACCGAAACCAAUCAGACCAGCAUUCCUACCGCUAGCUAGCAUUCCAGUUGUGCACAGUACAUGUGUAUCGAUGCAUGUAUAGGCUUAAAUGUGCCGAAUGAUUCGAGAACAGUCGAUCACACGAGACACUCGUCCCUCGAGUUUCCGUUACAAUAGUUGUUUAACAAACGACACGAUUCAUAAUCAUAAUCACGUUUCAAUGAAUUUCCCAGGGUUACAUAGAAUCUUCGUUUUGAGAAACAGGACUCUUUGCGGAGAGAAUCGACUUCUAUAUGAAGAAAACACGUUGAUUUCACUUUAUUUCAUUAGUUGCGUUCGUUAAGAAAGAACUAAUGUGACAAAUAACACGAAUUUCACGGUGGUAAUUGUUGUCGAAUCAAGCUGUACGGCUCUAUAACGGUUAUGAACUUAUACGAUGCACCCUUGCCACGGGGCGUGCAAUUCGAAGCCAAAGAAAGACAAGAACGCUAUUGAUAUAACAGGAAAAAUUGAUAAAACAGUUUAAAGAAACGUUUCUGCCACAUGGCCAGGCUGGUCCGGCCACGGCUGUUAAUCUGUCUAAUAAUAUUUAAUAAAAUGUCUUUUUCAUAAGUGUGAGUUUUACGAUACGCAUACAUAUAUUCACGUAUAUGUAUCACCUAACGUGUUUCAUGAAUAUUCAUGAAUUAUACAUAAUAUACAUAUAAUAAGAAAUUUAAUAAAUUAUGAUUCGUUUCCACUGCAUUCUCAUCGACGGCUUUUCGACGCGUUGUCAGUAAGUUAGGUCGUCGUGAUUGCAUAGUCGAUCGAUCUGUUAAAUCUUCAGCGAAUAGUAGUAACGUAACCAGCUGGGAAAAGAAACAACGUUCACAAUAGCGCCGCAAGUGGUCGGAGACGAUUACUUUUUGAUAGGAAAUAAUUUGAAUUUAACUGAAAAUCAGCAUGUGACUUUUUUACAAUGUGAACUUUCGUUCGUGAACAAUUCUAAUAGGCCGUAAUCGAUUUUUUCAAACACACGUUGUGAUACGACACCGGGUUCGAAUUAUUUUGCUGUGCUGUUUCGUACACUUUAUUGAAACGUAUUUGUAGCCUCCAUUUCUAAGAUUCUAAUGAUAAUUUUAAUAUAUUCCCUAGAACAUUUGUAAUUAUGCCAAUAAAUUAUCCGUUAUUCCAUUAAAAACUCCUCCUGACUUUCAGUAAUAAAACGUUUACUUUUCUUAUGCUGCUUUAAAUAGUGAUGUCACACAGUUUCUUUCUGUAUCAUUUCACUUUUUAUGCAUUUUCCUAUACACGUUGAAACCCUAAACUCUUUAAAGGAUAGCUAGGGAAUGAAGGAAUAGUGUUUUUAUCUUGUACUUUUCGUUCUUUAUUGAAACUUUGAUUAUUGUAUAAGUAUAUGUAUAAUUGUACACGUGAGCAUUUUCUAUAUUGUGUAUUUUGUAUUAUACAAAUUUUGUGUCUUAAUAUACAAAUUUCAAUAUUUUGAAAAUAGACAUUUCCUUUUUAUUUCAGUUUCGCAUCGUGCAUUUCACUUUCCAAGUGUUUCAAACUACCGUAUACAGUGCAUUACUAACAUGAUCUCAUCUGGUCAGUGGCUCAAAAGUGUAGAGAGGCGAGAGGAUUCGGUCAGUAACAAAGACAUGCCGAAACUAAUUCCGCCAUUACUAUCGAGCCGAGCGCCGCGAGUAGACGUCUCCCCUUGCCCUUCUUCACUUUUGAGCCUUAGACCGACUGGAAUCAUGUCAGUAACACACUGUACUUGUAUCGUUGUCUGGUUACGUCACCACUUAAAUGCUCUAGCGUUCUUACAUAAGUGAUAAUACUGUAUCUGGAAAAAAGUAUAUUUAAAGCAAUUAUGUAGAUACACAGUCUUACGAAACUGAGUCAAUGUUUAAAAUGAAAAGAAUUUAAAUUGUACUUAAUUAUUUUAAUAUGUUAUUAAUACUAUCGGCAAUGUUUUACAAAAGUAGAUCUAAAACACAUAAUUCAUUAAGUCUAAUAUUCGCUAAAUUGGUAAUCAAUUCAUUAAAAAUAUAUUAUCUUAAUUCUGCAGAAAGAAAAUUAAUUAUUUAUAUUAAUAUUUAUUGCAUUUUAUUUGAAUAAAGAGAUAAAUUGUGAGGACCAGCGAAUUUAUUCGUUCGAUCUUAAAAAUGUUGAUAUUCUAAUUAUGCAAAAUGUGCAGACGGUGACAUAUCUAAUCAUCUUUAAUUUGUUUUUCUAUUAUAGGAGAAACUUUAACCACGUUACUGUCAUCUUUCAUUUCCAUGAUUAAAUUUCCCAUUGUUCCGUUUUUUAAUUCGCUUUCGGUUCUUUAUCGAUCAACUAUGAAAACACUGAGUCAAGAACUCGCAAAUACAGAUAAUUAAAAAGAGAUAUUGAUUACACUAGUUAAUACUAAUGGCGAAGGUGUACGUUUAAAAAUUUCAUCGUAGAAUAUAAAGAAAUGAUUAUUUAAAAUGGGAAGGCAACAAAGACAAGUUCUAACAUUGUAUUAGUAGUUAUUAUAAUAUCCAUCAUGACGUAAAAGUCUGGUGAAUUUCGAUAGUAUCGAGAAACACGAAGAGACGUAGAGGAAACAAACGUGUCAGUAAUGGAACUUCGAUUAUUUUACGAACUACUACACACCAGAACAUCGUAGCUCGAAUUUCGUUGAAUUUAAGUGACAUAUUUAUGUAAAUUAAAAAAUAGCGAAACAAAUGGAGGACAUUAUACGAGUAGCAAGUGUCAUUACGUAGUAUUCUCUUUGGCGUUAUUGUGUAUACUCCCAAAUAGUCUACGUUCUCGUUUCGAAGAACAAACAUGUAUGUAAUACUCAUAACGAAAACAAUCGCAUGCAGCCAUCUUGAAAUUUAUGUAUAAUUUAUCACCACGAUACUGUGUUAAUAUAACACCGGCAUUGUUGAAGAAACGAAAAUCUACAUAGAGUAAACACGCGAUAUGCGAUGCCUGAUACGAAGUACAAUCUUAUCACGGCUGAACGAAAUAUUCCUCUCGUUGAGUGUAGUGCAUCACAUUUGUCAAUUGAUUCUCGGUACCUUCACCUCGCAUCCCACAAUGCCGAAAACACCGUUCACUUUCAGGGGACUUCUAGUUCCUGUAUUAACACCCUUUAACAAUGACAGCCAGAGAACUCUGAAUUUGGGAGUUAUCCCACAAUAUGCUGAUUAUUUGUCUAAAAAGAAAAUUACUGGCGUUCUCGUAAAUGGAACUACUGGAGAAGGUCCAUCUAUGUCAGUAGCUGAAAGAAAGUUAGUAACUGAAGCAUGGGCAAACGCGGUAAAAACAACUAAGCAACAUUUGAUGGUCCAAAUAGGGGGUGCAUCUCUUCCAGAUGUUCUAGAGCUCGCAAAACAUGCGGAAAGUUUAAAAGUUGACUCCUUGUUAUGUCUGCCUGAAUUAUAUUUUAAACCAACAACAACAAAUCAGUUGACCGAAUAUUUGAAAUUAGUUAGCAAAGCAGCCCCAAACACACCGCUUCUGUAUUACCAUAUUCCUAUGUUCACGAACGUCAAUGUGCAUAUGGGAGAAUUUUUAGAAUCCCUUGGUGAACAAAUUCCAACUUUCGUAGGAAUAAAAUUCACGAGCUCAAACUUGGACGAAGGUGCACGAGCGUUAAACGCUAAUAACAAAAAAUAUGUCAUUUUCCUUGGCAAUGAUGAGUUAUUGCACGCCGGCUGUGCCAUAGGAAUGGAUUCAUUUAUAGCAACAGGCAUAAACGUAUUUCCAGAGCUUACAUUAGAGAUUCUUGCGGAAUGGAAGGCAGGAAAUGUAUUGAAAGCAAGAGAGAAGCAACAAGAAUUUUCGAAAGCUGUAAUUGCUAUAUCGAAAUACGGUAGCUGGGUAGAAACUAUGAAAACAGCAAUGCCUUUAUUAACAAAAGUGGAUGUUGGACCUACACGAAUUCUAUGGAACAGUUUAUCACCAGAAAUGAAGAAAUCAAUGGUCAAUGAUUUGCAAAACUUAGGAUAUCAAAUAAGAAAAUAAUAUUCUAAUUGUAAUACUACCAAAAAGGAUUUUUAAAAGAUCAUAAAUUUUGUACAUGAUUGCUCAAUUAAUAUGUCUUAUCCAAAUGUUAUAAAAAAUUUCAAAUUUUAUUAAUUUUUCAAUUAUUAUAUUAUUUACUGAUUUUUUCAGUGAUUAAUAUCCUUGUAAAGAAUUUUAAUAAAUAAUUUGUUUUUCGCAGAA